UGGUCUUCGCCGGGAACCCCACCCUGCACAGGGACGUGGGUGCUGGCCACGCCCCCUCCCGCGAGGCUCCUGGGCUUUGUGGUUGCGUUGGCAGCCCCAGAGGGCGGAGUCACGCUGAGCUCCGAGCCAGUGGGACAGGGGCCGGCAUCUGAGUCUUCCGGUUUCGGGGGGCCGUGGGCCGCCCCCCUGCCGCCUGAGGACACGCCCUGUUUUCGCCCGCUGUUCAGUUGGAACCCCUGAGUCGCUCCAGGGCAGCUCCAACCCCACAGUGUCGCUUUCGUUUUCCCCUCCGCUCCCGUCCACUUCUGAGGACCCGGCCCCUCUUUGCCCAACUCCCCUGGAAGUGCCGGCCCCUCCCGCCCCUCUAAAAUGUCUAAUAACCUGCAGAGGGUCAUCCUGAAACCCGCCGAGGAAAAGGCUGGCGGCGCCUCGCAUUGUGUUUCAGGCUGCAUGUACCAAGUAGUUCAGACGAUUGGCUCGGAUGGAAAAAAUCUUCUGCAAUUACUUCCAAUUCCUAGUUCCUCUGGAAAUCUUAUACCACUAGUUCAAUCUUCAGUCAUGUCUGAUGCUUUGAAAGGGAAUACAGGAAGCCCAGUUCAACUCACAUUUCAGACUCAGAUUUCCAGCUCUUCCACAACUGCAUCAGUUCAAUUGCCCAUUUUUCAGCCAGCCAGUUCUUCAAACUAUGUCCUUACAAGAACAGUAGACACAACAGACAAAGUUAGAGUUACGUCUGUGGUAACUGAAAAUCUCACCUCAUCAGUUUCUAAAGUUCAAAGUCAUGGUGUGAAAAUUGAUGGACUCACCAUGCAAACAUUUGCUGUUCCUCCCUCCUCAAAACAAAAUGAUUCACCUUACUUUAUAGUAAAUACUCAGAGUCUUCCAAUGACUGUGAAGUCUCCAGUUUUGCCUUCUGGGCAUCAUUUACAGAUUCCAGCUCAUGCUGAAGUGAAGUCUGUACCUGCAUCGUCAUUGCCUCCUUCAGUUCAGCAAAAGAUACUUUCAACUACAACCACAAGUACCUCAGGAACAGUUGAGGCCUCCCAAAUACCAACUGUUAUUUAUGUAUCUCCUGUAAACACAGUGAAAAAUGUAGUUACCAAGAACCUUCCAAAUAUUUACCCCAAACCUGCUACAGAAAUAGCAAAGCCAGUGAUGCUAAAUUCCACACCAAUUCCAGUGAAUGUCAAUAACGAGACACAAUUAAAAGAUGGUCAGCACUCUCAAACUGCUCCUGUGAAAUGGAUUUUUCGAGAAAAUCUACAACCUCGCACUCCAUCUCUUGUUCCUGUUAAGUCUUCAAAUAAUGUGGCUUCAAAUAUUUUAAAAACUUUUAUAGAUAGGAAAAGUUCGGAAGACAGUACUGUAAAUAUGCCACCACUGAGUACUGUCAGUUCUAAUGCGGCACAGUCCAAAAGUAUACCUAUUAAAGAUAAUGCUUUGGUAAUGUUUAAUGGGAAAGUAUAUCUAUUGGCUAAAAAGGGGACAGAAGUUUUGCCAUCACAAAUUGACCAACAGAUUUCUGUUUCUCCUGAUAACCCACCAAGAAAAGAUAUAGGACAGAUAGUGAAUUCAAGUCCAGUCACAGAAAUAUCCAGAGAGGUUGUAAACAUUGUUUUGGCAAAAAGUAAAUCUUCCCUGAUGGAGACAAAAUCAUAUUCAAAUACCCAACUUACUUCUAUGACCAAUCUAAUUGUAGAGAAGAAUAACAAAGUGGAAAAACCAUCUCUUUCUACCCCAAACUCACAUAACAUGAACCAAUCCACUAACUACUUAAGACAAAAUAAGACUUUAUUCACAAACUCAGUGUCUUCAGAUGGAUUUAGCACAGGACAGAAUUUCCCCAGAGAAGGAAAUAUCAUCCAGAGCAUAGAGAAAAUAUAUUCCUCUAAUGAUGCAACAUCUGUUACUUCACAGCAGUGUGUUUUCAGAGACCAAGAAUCAAAGAUCCAGAAUGAGAUGGCAUCAACAUUAGAAAAAGUUACUCAGGAAAGAAGUAAUAAAAGAAAUUCUGAAGUGAGAAACAAUAAAGCAUCAUUUUUGAAGAGUGAUGCUGAAUUUAAAAAGAUAUUUGGUGUUACUAAAGAUGUGAGAGUAUCCCUUACACGGAUCCCUGUUGAUUUGGGCUCUGGAGACCGUUUUCAUUCCAUUAGCCAUUUGGUGAAGAAUGAUACUCAUAAAGAAACAGAGCUUAUAAAAGUGAAGGCAGAACAGAAAAAACAGGGAGUUGAUAAGAAAAGAAAAGUAAAAACCAUAAAGAAGAUGACAGGAAAUACAAAGAGGAGAAAAACUGAUAAUGCUCAAACCACAACAGUAAAUGGAGAAACUAAUGCCAUCAGUUCCCAGCUUGUUGACAGUACUUUACCAACUCCAGACAUAUCACAACAGCAAACUCUCAUAAGCCAUGAUGAAACUAGAGAAGAGAAGAGAACUGAAGUAGAAUACCGUACCCAGGAGAACAAGAAGAAAGGCACACUGUGUUCAAAUGCAACUUUUGAACAAAGUCAUUCCUUUAAUAAAAAUUAUACUGAAGAUAUUUUCCCCAUGGCACCGCCAGAAUUGGAAGAAACUGUUCGAGAUGAAAAAAUAAGAAGACUUAAGCAGUUGCUGAGGGAGAAAGAAGCAGCACUUGAAGAAAUGCGUAAGAAGAUGAAUCAAAAAUAAUAAAAUAUUGCUGCUUUAAGACUUC